UCCGCUUCCGGUAGCCUCCUCUUUCUCUCUCUCUGUGUCUCUCAGAGUCGGGGCUGUUGUGCUGCUGAGGCGCCCAGAGUGGUUCUGUGUCGCCGGGCGACGUGACGCGUGCCGCCGCUCCUUCGGCUGCUGCCAUGGGAGGAGAAGGAGAAGGAGGGAGGCCAUUGUGACCUUGCCUUCCCUGCCUGCCUCCCUCCCUGCCUCCCUGGCCGGCCCCCUCCUCCUUGAGUCGGGAUGGAGGAGGAGAGCAUGGAGGAGGAGGGGGGCGGCGGCGGAGGAGGAGGAGGAGGCAGCGUUAGCAGCAGCGGCAGCAGUAGCUGCUGCUAUGAGGCCGCUAUGGACGACCAGAACCACAACAACUGGGAGGCGGCGGCGGGAGGAAGGGGCUCCUUGCCGGCCCAGGAGGAGGAGGGAGGAGCAGGAGAAGAAGAGCUCGAGAUCCACAUGAUGUCCGAGGCUGCCAAGGCUGGGCAGGGAAAGGUCUGCCCCGAGGCCUCGCUGGGCAAAGGAGGAGGAGCAGCAGGAGCUGGACCUGCCGCCUCCAGCAUCAACCUCAACCUCAACCCUUCCGCCUCCAAGUUCUUAAUGAACGUUAUAACGAUAGAAGACUAUAAGAGCACAUAUUGGCCAAAGUUGGAUAGUGCCAUCGAUCAGCUUUUAACUCAAAGUCCUGGUGACUACAUCCCCAUCUCCUAUGAACAAAUAUACAGUUGUGUGUACAAAUGUGUGUGCCAGCAGCAUUCGGAACAGAUGUAUAGUGACCUAAUAAAGAAGAUAACUAACCACUUAGAGAGAGUCUCAGAGGAGCUGCAGGCCAGCCCUCCAGAUCUCUACAUUGAAAGGUUUAACAUAGCACUUGGACAGUAUAUGGGAGCAUUACAGAGCAUUGUGCCUCUUUUCAUAUAUAUGAAUAAGUUUUACAUAGAAACAAAGCUUAACCGGGACUUAAGAAAUGACCUUAUAAAACUGUUUACUGAACAUGUUGCAGAAAAGCACAUUUACAGCCUGAUGCCUUUACUUCUAGAAGCCCAAUCCACACCUUUCUGGAUAAACCCUUCCACUAUGGCAAAUAUUGUCAAAGGAUUGUAUAUGCUUAGGCCAGAAUGGGUUCAGAUGGCACCAGCUUUAUUUUCUAAAUUUAUCCCAAACAUCCUCCCUCCUGCUGUAGAAUCUGAGCUUGAAGAGUAUGCUGCUCAAGACCAGAAACUUCAACAAGAGCUUAUUCAGGAAGGAUUUUCCAGGGGUGACCAGUCACGUAAAAGAGCUGGAGAAGAACUGACCUACAAUGGCUCAACAUCAUGUGCAAGCUCAAGAGGAUGCAGAUAGUGACUGUAUUUGAAGUAUUAUAUUCUCAAUAGGAUUGGACACUGCAACAGCAUUGAAUGGGAGAGUAUCCUAAGGCUCAUUUGAGCACUGCUGAUACUCAGGUUCUUUGGUUCAAACUAUACCUGGAAGAGGAAUUUGGACUUAUUUCUUACUAUGUAAUAAAAUGUCUGUUUGCUGCUAUUGUGGGGCUAACUUGGAAUGAUGCAGCUGGUCUUGAAAGGUUCUUCUUUGGCAAUCCUGUGAGGAAUAUACCAUUUUGUUCUGUUUCUUUUAAAAAAGAAAGAGAUUAUUGUUUACUAGCACUUGGUAGAUAAAAAGAGCAACUUCCUCUGAAAGAAACAUUUGCACUUUUUUAAAAAAAUGUGUGGACAUUGCUGAGUGCCCAUUUAGUGUGGUCCAGAAAUUUUUCUCAGUAAGCAUUGUCCACCUAACAGUAUUUAUUCCACAAACGUUUGCCAGUAAGAGUCAGUCUUAUGCCGCUGAUCCUUUAUAUGAAUGAGGUCAUAUAUUGUUCAUCUGUUCAUCUUCCUCUCCUUUCCAGAUGACAAAAUGUCUCUACCCCUUCAGUUUGGUCAAACAGUGCAACAAAGUUACAAGAUUCUCUUGCAUC